CUUUCUGCAUAUUUACGCAGACCGAAGGAUUCCCAAACUCCACAGAGGCAUUUGUAAUUUGAAUUCUGCUACCAUUUCAAUUCGGUUGGAAUUUUUCUUAUCUGGCUAUGAAUCCGAUGGACAUGGACGAAGCUCGCGAGUCGCAAUUUCAACCAGCAGCUUCAGUUCCAGCGGCGGCGGUGCCCGAGGAUCGGAGGUUUCAGGCGCUGGGAGACCUCCGUUUCCUUCCCGACGAAACUCUCUGCGCGAUUUUAACUUAUCUUUCUCCUCACGACAUCGGCCGCCUCUCCUGUGUCAGCAGUGUGAUGUAUAUUUUUUGCAAUGAGGAGCCAUUAUGGAUGACUCUUUGCCUUAAAAAUGUGAAUCGUCAGCUUGAGUAUAAAGGCUCCUGGAAGAGAACCACUCUUCAUCAAAUGGAUCUUUUGACUGAAUAUGAAAAAACCCCAGCAAAGCAGCUGCAUUUCAAUGGGUUUUACUCUCUGUUUCUUUAUCGGAGGUUAUAUCGGUGCUACACCACAUUGGAUGGAUUCUCUUUCGACAAUGGAAAUGUGGAUAGAAAAAAGGACCUUUCUUUACAAGAGUUCUAUGAUGAUUAUGAUGGGCAAAAACCAGUGCUAAUUAGUGGUUUGGCUGAUACUUGGCCAGCAAGAAAUUCUUGGACGUUUGAACAGCUACUACAGAACUAUGGAGACCUAGCAUUUCGAUUAUCUCAGAGGAGUUCUCGGAAGGUUAUGAUGACCUUCAAGGAUUAUGUGUCAUACACGCAGAUUCAGCAUGAUGAGGACCCUCUCUACAUUUUUGAUGACAAGUUUGGAGAAGUUGCACCUAAGUUGCUGAAGGACUAUAGUGUCCCGCACCUGUUCCAAGAAGACUUCUUUGAUGUAUUAGGUAGAGAUGAACGACCACCCUUUAGAUGGCUCAUUAUUGGGCCGGAGCGGUCUGGUGCCUCAUGGCAUGUUGAUCCAGCUCUUACCAGUGCUUGGAAUACUCUCCUAUGCGGACGUAAAAGGUGGGCCUUGUAUCCUCCAGGAAAAGUACCUCUAGGAGUGACAGUACAUGUAAACGAAGAUGAUGGUGAUGUGAACAUAGAUACUCCAUCAUCCUUACAGUGGUGGUUGGAUUUUUAUCCUCUUCUAUCUGAUGAAGACAAGCCAAUUGAGUGCACUCAGCUUCCUGGUGAGACAAUAUUUGUCCCAAGUGGAUGGUGGCAUUGUGUGCUUAACUUGGAAGCCAGUGUUGCUGUCACGCAGAAUUUUGUGAAUUCCAAAAACUUUGAGUUUGUAUGUCUAGAUAUGGCUCCUGGUUACAGACAUAAAGGUCUCUGUCGUGCUGGAAUUCUUGCUCUUGAUGAAGGCAGUUUAGUGGAUGUUAAAAAUGACUCUUCAUGUGAGGAAAAUCAUGUGAGGUGCUCAGACUUCAUAAGGAAAGAAAAGAGAAUGAAAACGCACCAGCCACCAGAGAGUGAUAACCUAGAAAAUGUGGAAUUUGUUUAUGACAUUAAAUUCUUAUCGAGGUUUUUGGAUCAAGAGAGGGACCACUAUAACUCCGAAUGGAGCUCAAGCAACGUCAUUGGACAACGGAACAUGAGAGGAUGGCUGCAGAAGCUUUGGGUCAAGAGACCAGAACUUAGAGGCCUGAUAUGGAAGGGAGCCUGUCUUGCAUUAAAUGCUGGCAGAUGGCAUGAUCGCUUGAGGGAAAUAUGUGCCUUUAAUGACUUUCCUUUACCUACAGAUGAAGAGAAGCUUCCUGUUGGGACGGGUAGCAAUCCUGUUUAUCUGGUUGCUGAAAAUGUGAUAAAAAUACUUGUUGAACGAGGGCUUGAAGCUUCUCUUUAUGCUUUAGGCACCGAGCUUCAGUUUUAUAAUCUACUAGAUCAAGUUAACUCUCCCUUGAAGGAUCACAUUCCUGUUGUUCUGGCUAGCGGGAUUCUUUUUCUCAAAGAUGGGUCGUGGCAAGUUAUCCCUUGGGAUGGCAAAGGGGUCCCUGAGUUGAAUGAAAACUUUAAUAUGGUUCCUGAAAACCAUAAUGAAGUUGAUUAUCCUUUUGGAAUCUGGAACAAAAAGCAAUUUGAAUAUCACAAAGUCAGGCUGUCAUCGCUUGAAUCAGGAAAUCCUGAAGGAUGCUCAACUGUGUGGCCCUUUAUAGUGUUAAAAAGAUGCAGAGGGAAGAUAUUUGCCGACCUAAGAGAGAGCCUCUCAUGGAAUGACAUGCUAAACUUGGCUACCUUUCUGGGGGAACAGCUGCGCAACCUUCAUACUCUACCUUAUCCAUCUUUUAAUGUUUCAAAUUUGCUAGUUAGUGAACAGAGAACAGAGCUUCCUCUGGGCAAUGGCUUUCUGGAUGAUACUGCAGAAAAAACUAGCUUUUCUCCAGAACUGAGUACAUAUAUAAAGACUUUAAACAAGAAGAAAGAGGAUAUAUCUAGCCGUUUGACUAAGUGGGGUGACCCAAUUCCUGUAACACUGAUUGACAAAGUUGGUGAAUACAUUCCGGAAGACUUUGAAAAGUUUUUCAAUAUGUUUGAGGAUGACAAGAGUGUUGCUAAACCUUACACCUGGAUACACUCGGAUGUCAUGGAUGACAAUAUCCAAAUGAAACCAUGUAACUUGACCUCUUGCUUGGGAGAAAGUACUCAUGAUCCUAGUCCAGUAAAUAAUGGAUGUGCGAACGACCAUAAUGGCAGUACCAAGAGCAAUUCUUGGCGUCCUUGCCACAUUAUUGAUUUCAGUGAUCUUUCUUUAGGACAUCCAAUUUGUGAUCUGAUACCAGUACAUGUAGAUGUCUUUAGAGGAGAUUCCCGUCUCUUGAAGCAAUUCCUUGAAAGCUAUAAACUUCCAAUAGUUGGGAGAAAAUCAGCAGAGAAUAGUAGGUUUGGGCGGGCAUCAUAUUUGACAAUGUGUCUCUGCAUUCUGCAUGAUGAGAAUGUUGUAGGUGCUAUUUUCAGUUUAUGGAAAGAACUCAGGCAGGCAAAAUCUUGGGAGGAAGUUGAGGAGAAAGUGUGGGGAGAUUUGAAUAAUUACACGGGCUUUGAUGAUUAAUGCUUCUUUGAUCCUCAGGUUUGGAGAACCUGUAUAAACUCUUUAGCGGCACUUCUCUAACUUCAAAGUAAGCCAUUGACAGACUUCUGCUUAUUUCACGUAUCCUGUUCAUUUGAUCAAUUCUUUCAUGAUUAUAAACGCCAUUAUGGUAUCUGUCGGCUGCAGAACAUUACUUUCUUUGCAACUGCUGUAAACAUUAAUUAUUGUAUUAAUAGAAACCACAAGUCGUAUAUCAGGAUGCCUUCUUUGA